AUGAAGUGGCUAAUGACAGUCAGUGUGGUGUCCCUGCUGCUGCUUGUGGGCGUUGAGGGUGCUGACCCACUGGAAGAAAGAAUGAGGCUUCAGGAGUUGACCAAAAGCAGGAAGUCUCUGAUAUUGAAGCUGCUGGCUGGGUUGUUGGAGAUUGAUGAUCAUCUUGCUGAAAAAGGCUUUACGUAUUCGGACACAGAAGAGGCAGAGAGUUCACGUGAGGAGAGGUCGGUAGAUGCAGGAAUCCCUCGGAGAGAACAGAAAGCUCCUUGCAAACUGUUCUUUUGGAAAACCUUUUCACACUGUUAA